AUGCCCAAGUUGCUGUCCGAUCGCCAUGUUGUACGUAGAACCAUACUGAAGCUGGCGACUGCAGUUUUUCGAUGUCGCCUAAAGCCUACGAAGCUAACUUCACGUUCAGGCAAAAAAUGGUUCGACUGCGUCGAGUGUCACGGUGAACAGGAGAGUCACCCUUUGAAAGAAAGCUACGAAAUGAUUUUUGCCUGCAAGAAGUGCAGAAAAUGCUUCCGAAAGGACGUUACAGAGUUCGAGGAGGCUGACGAGUUCUGCCCCCACUGUGACAACCACUUUGUUAUCGAUGCGAAGACACCCCAGGCGGCCCUGUCAGUCGAGAGCGAAGACGUGCGAAUGGACAACAAAAUGCUCAGGGACGACAGACAAAAGACCAAGACUAAGGGCAUCAGGUCCAUCUUUGACCCGUCAGAUGAUGCUGACAAGCUAGGAUAA